UCGUUUCGUUGUCAUUGGAAGUUUGCAACGAUGGAGUUCUUGGACGAGGACGCCAGGCCCAAGUUCCUCUUCCAAUCCCGCACAUCGCCUUCUCCAUCAGAAAGUGAUCCACAAAGUCGCCACCAAUCUCUGAACAAGCCAUUGAUCUUCGUCGCUGUUACUUUAUCUACUCUUCUUCUGCUCCUCUCGCUCUUCUUCGUCGAAUCCGAGCCUUUCAAAUCCCUAGUCUUGUGGGUCUCGCUCUCCCUCCUAAUCGGCCCCUUUGCCCCAUCUAACCUCACCGGAGGAGAUAUUCGCGUCGGUCAAGGUCCAAUUUUGGAACCUCCUCUCGUUGACGAGCCCGAACCGUCGACGAAAAAACCACAUCUGAAGAAACGCCCAAAACCCAUGGCUGCGUAUUCGACUCCGAUCAUUGAGAACUCAAAUGGGUCGUUGAGCAAAGACCAGAAGAGUCGUGUUUCGGAACGGAGCGGACAUGAAGAUUUUGAGGAGGAUUGGACCGAGGAGGAUUUUGAGAUGUUGAAGAAACAAUUGCUGAAGAAUCCGGUAGGGAAACCUAGGCGAUGGGAAGUGAUAGCAGAGGCUUUCAAUGGGAGGCACAAAGUGGAGACUGUGAUCAAGAAAGCAAAGGAAAUGGGGGAGAGGAAAUUGAACAAUGGGGAUUCAUAUGCACAGUUUUUGAAGAAUAGGAAGCCAAUGGAUGUGAGAAUUCAGGAGGAGGUCAAUGAGGGAGGAGUUAUGGAGAAUGUUGAGACUAAGAAGAGCACUGAAGGUGUUAAUGCGGUGGUGUGGGCUGCAGGAGAGGACAUUGCAUUGCUUAAUGCAUUGAAGGCAUUUCCCAAGGAUGUUGCAAUGCGAUGGGAGAAGAUUGCAGCUGCUGUUCCAGGGAAGUCAAAAGCAGCUUGUAUGAAGAGAGUUGCAGAGUUGAAAAAGGAUUUUCGGAGCUCCAAAGCUAAUGCUGAGGGUUAGAUGAACUGGAAUCUUGUGAGUUAUAUGUUGGUUUUUAACCAUUCAAAAUAAAGUUGUGUUGGUUUUGAUUUAUUACCAACUUUUGUGAUUCUGUUGACAUUGUGUUCUUAGUUCUAGCUGAACCGUUCUAUUUCAAUUCAUCACCAAUUGUUGCAGAUUUUUUUUAAUGGAAGCCGUAUUUCCUAAA